CCUGGUGAUCUGCUCGCAGCUUGUCAACCGCACGAUCCAGUUACUGUAUCUGCCUGCUGCAUGAAAAUAUCUCCGUUUGUGGGUGGAUUUAUGGGCCGAGGUCCAUCAUUCUGAAACCAAACACUGACCGAGUGAGGACUUUAUCCUGUCCGUGCACACUGAUCCUCUCUCUCUGUGUGUGCUGUGGAUCUCUUCUUCUGGAGCUGAGGAGGGAGGCAGCGAACCCAGGCUUCAGGUGAAAGCGAUCCACUGAAGAAGGCAUGCAGCGGAUAUUAUGGCUGACAGCCGGCACACACCCCUCGGGAGCCAACAGCUGGCCGCCGCACGCCGUCCUGUAGCUGGGCCUCCUCUGCCUGAGCUCCAUGCACCUCACGCAUCUCACCUUUUGACUUCAUGAAGAUCCCUGACCUCGGUGAUGUGAUGAAUAAAUUUGAAGUCCUUGGGAUUGUGGGUGAAGGUGCCUAUGGUGUUGUUUUGAAGUGCCGACACAAGGAUACAAAUGAAAUUGUGGCCAUUAAAAAAUUCAAGGACAGUGAAGAAAAUGAAGAGGUCAAAGAAACGACGCUGCGGGAGCUUAAGAUGCUCCGCACCCUCAAGCAGGAGAACAUCGUCGAGUUAAAGGAGGCCUUCCGACGAAGAGGAAAACUCUACCUAGUGUUUGAAUAUGUGGAGAAGAACAUGCUCGAGCUGCUGGAAGAGUUACCCAACGGUGUACCGACUGACAAAGCUCGCAGCUACAUCUACCAGUUAAUCAGAGCCAUUCACUGGUGCCAUAAGCACGACAUCGUUCAUCGGGAUAUAAAGCCAGAGAACCUUCUCAUCAGCUCUGAUGACGUCCUCAAGUUAUGUGACUUUGGCUUUGCACGUAAUCUCUCUGAGGGGACCGAUGCCAAUUACACCGAGUAUGUGGCCACUAGAUGGUACCGGUCUCCAGAGCUCCUGCUCGGGGCUCCGUACGGGAAGGCGGUGGACAUGUGGUCAGUGGGCUGCAUCCUAGGAGAGCUGAGCGAUGGGCAGCCUCUGUUCCCAGGAGAGAGUGAGAUCGAUCAGCUCUUUACCAUCCAGAAAGUGUUGGGACCCCUCCCACCGGAGCAGAUGAAGCUCUUCUAUAACAACCCACGGUUCCACGGGCUGCGGUUCCCUGCUGUGAACCACCCCCAGACUCUUGAGCGAAGAUACCUGGGAAUCAUCGGCGGAGGCCUGCUGGACCUGCUAAAGAACCUACUGCUGCUGAACCCGACAGAACGCUUUCUCACCGAGCAGAGCCUGAACCACCACGCCUUCCAGACCCUGCGGCUGGUGGAUCGGCCUGGCCCACCCACACCUACACCUGUCCGCUCCUCCAAGAGAAAACCUCACCAUGGAGACAACACCACCCCCAGCAGGAGUCACGGCGGAAAGAGCUCAGGAAGCCACCGCUCCAGCAGCAGAGAGUGCUCCAGCUUGCCCCGGCACGACGACGUCCUCCCCAGCAAUGAUGCCUUCCUCAACGGCAACAUGCCUGCAGCCAUCAACCUCAGCCCGACGCUGCAUCCCAAGAACUACCAGCCGCAGAUCUACAACCACUCCACCUCCUGCAGCAUGGACCUGGCCAGCAGCAACCUGCCUCAUCUGCUCAGCCCCGGGGAAGCCAAGGGCAAGGGGGACUUUGAGAUGAACAUGGGGACCAAAGUGUCCGACGGUCCUGGAGCUAAGUACCUCAAAUCCAACUUCCGCUCGCAGCAGAACCGCCAUUCUUUUGUGGAGGGGAAGACCAACACGCUUCAGUCAGGGGACAAACACAGUCGACACAGCUACAUGGAGUCUCACAGCUCCAACCCCUCUAAGUUUGCCUACCUGAACUUGUCUAAGAGCUACGGGACGCUAAGUGAUGCUAAGUCAGUGGGGAACUUAAACGAUGUGCAUCUCUACGCUGAUGAGCCGACAUCUCGCUACUUUCCCUCCAGCUGCCUGGACCUCACAGCCCCGGGCAGCCCAGCAGCCCGCCGCAUGGACAGACUAGGACCUGGUGGGAUUAGCAGAGGAAGCAUGCGCACUGAGAGAGAGAGCAACACUCUGGACUCGUCUUAUAGGCGCUCCUCCACCCGCCACAAGUCCUCAGAGGAGGCCAAGUCCCCAGAUACCCUGGAGCCAGGGGAGGGUGGCAUCGAAAGGAGCCACUCUCACUCCCUGUCCGCCCCACACGACCCUCUAACUUACGGCCAGGGGUACACGAGCCCCUUCUCCUCGCAGCAGCGACCACACCGCCACUCCAUGUACGUACGGAGGGAUCAGAGGACACACGGGGGAGAGGAGGGGCUGGUGGUCGGGCAAGGCGGGCCUACCAGAGCCAGCAGUCUCCAGCUUCUGUCUCCACAGCUGCAGCACCGCACGCUGCCUCGCCACUCUGGGGGCUCCUCCAGAGAAGAAGACAUGAGUAGGAGUGACCAGACACCCACUGAGGUCACCCACAGCAGACCCCCAAUAAGGGACUCGACAAGGGACAACACCGCGUCUUUUCACACACAGCGGAAAAAAAGCGAGGUCGGCUUGUAUCACGACCAGCAAACAGAAGACGGGGGAUCGUCUAAAGAGAACCGAAACAUCUACAGUGAAUCCAUGCCUCGGAGGGUGGGCAGCUUCUACAGAGUCCCUUCUCCCCGGCCAGACAACUCCUUCCACGACAGCAGAGGUCAGAGCCGGGGCUCUGGAGACGGCCCGGGUCUCACUAACCACUCCAAACGUCAGCCGGCAUUCGACCCCUGGACCGGCCCGGACACUGUAGUGCUGAACGCCGAGCCGUCUAAAGAAAAGGAGAAGCAGGGGUUCUUCAGAGCAAUAAAGAAGAAGAAGAAAAAAUCUCAAAUGGUUCCUAAUGAAGGAGUGGAAACAGUCAUCCAGAAGUCCUCCAGGUCCAGCCACUCGAGCAGCCGCCACAGAUCCCGAGACAAGAGCAGAGACCGGGACCAAGAACGGGACCGAGACCGGGACAAAGACUGGCCUCCUGAGAAACUGUCCGAUUCACACUCUCCGAGUCAGCCGCUGAAGUCUCUGCGUAAACUCCUGCACCUUUCGUCCUCGUCCUCCAAUCAAACGGCUUCGACUGACAUGCGCUACCAGCCGCUGCCAAAUCCAGCCUCCUCACAGGGCGGAUUCACGGAGAGCCGGGGCCACUCAGGGGUCAGCACCCCCCAGCUGAAGAGCCGGCAGGCCGCCUACCCGCUGCCGGGACAGCUGGAGUCCAACUGGCACUCGUCCGCUCUGGGCCGGCCUGAGGGAAACCCUUACCCCGAACAAAUGAGCAUCAAGGGAGGCCAGAACGGGCACGGCUUCGGAAGGCCCUCCAGGUCCCGUAUGCCAAACCUUAACGACCUGAAAGAGACGGCUCUGUGAUCUCUGUCACCUUAAAUGCUCUCCGCUCCACUUCAGACUCUUUCUUUUCCCCUCUGUCGCUCCUACAUGUUGCUAAACAGUACACCUGCUAAACACACACACACACACACACACACACACACACACACACACACACACACACACACACACACACACUAAACCCUCAGUUUUAAACUCUGCUUGCAAACAGGCCAAAAGCCUUUUUAUGUCUUAAUUUUUUUUAAAGCUUCCAUGUUUGAUAGACUUUAUAUUAAUACUUCUGUAAUUCUGAUUAUAAUUUGUAUUAUAAAGUAAAUAUAUUGCAAAUUAAAUAUAUAUAUAAAUGGAUAGAUGAAGUGUAGAUUUUAAGUGUAAGUAUUUUUGUUUCUAUUGGAUAUAGAAAUAUAGUACAUUUUACUGCGUAGUAUUUCCCUUAAGACUAUCUAAGGCAUUCUAAAUAAAGUUUUAUCAGUUGUUUCAAUAGAGGUCGGUAACGUUGGUAACUUUACAUUGUGUUCAUCUCACAGGACUCUAACUCUUCAUCUCCAUCAGACCGCUGACAGACGCUGAAAUGUGCUUCUACAGGUCAAAGCAGUCUUGUUGUUGAGAUUAUAGUUGUAGUGCAGUUUUUCUGAGUUGGCACUGACAAACUAUAAAGCUUCGUUAUAUAUUUGUUCUCUUAAGAGUAUUUAGGUUUCUAUGUCUUUUUGUAACGCAGCCAUCUUAGACACUAUGGUGCCAUAAAGUGACAGAAGUCCUAACUUACAUCGCCCUCUGUAGGCUCAAACAAAGCACUGCAUCUACUGACUGAGAUCACCACGCACUAACCUACAUAUAGGCACUGAAUCUUCAUGCACAGUAUGAGUAAUCAUAUAUAAUCCAAUAAAUAAUACACAAUUUAUGCUAUGAUUACACCUCGGUCUUUUAAAAGAGAACAAACUGAUAACUAUUCCUCCUCAUACUGACUAUAACGAGUAUCCUCAAGGUACCAAUGUAAUCUCAAGUUAUUUACAGGAAUCUGAUGUUAAAGUAAGGAUUCAUUAUUCAGUAUAAACUUAAAGGUUCCUAACAACAGCUCUCCCCCCUCACCACCUGAAACUUUGUCUGUGCUCAUUUCUUUUCAUGAAGAUUUCACAGAAGCCACGUCCGAGUGUGUCGUCUCGUUGGAUCGGUUGAAUGAAUGUACACGUGCAUCCACAAUAUUACUCAAAGUCUAACUGCUGUAAAAAUGUGAUUUAUAUACCGUGUAUUUUUUCUUAUCAUUGUUUUGAAAGUAUUUUUUUUACAGCAGCUGGAGGAACACAAAAGCCAUUCUGGAUGUGAAAGUGCAGUGGUUCCCCAAACAAGCGGCCAUGUUGAAUCAACACAAGCUUCAGCAGUAUCGUAUCAUGAUUUCUUAAAGGUGGGGCGCUGGUGGCCUA